CUCUAGCGGCUAGUUAUAAAGCACUAAGGAAUGCGUGAAAGGCAUGCUUGAUAUAAAUUAUGAAACAUUUAAGACAAAUAACUCAGUAUUAUUAUAACUUAAAUUAUAAACCACGAUUAUUUAUAAUACCAAAUAAUGUUUCUGGAAGAAGUUUUCAUCAAACUGUGACUUCUCUUCAAGAAGCUGAAACAGCUGCUGAAGAUGACAUGCCUGUAAACAUAGAAAAUCCUUAUAAGAAGGAGCCUAGAGAAUGUGUUUUAUGUAAAUAUAAAAUUAGAGUAGAUUAUAAGAACACCAAGCUUUUAAGCCAGUUUGUUUCUUCAUAUACUGGUCGAAUUUAUGAUAAACAUAUUACAGGACUUUGUCAGCAGCAACAAUAUAUUGUAAGAAAUGCAAUUAGGAAAGCUCAAGCAUUUGGAUUUAUGCCUUUUUAUUUGAAAGAACCACGCUUUCUUAAAGAUCCAGAAUUAUUUGAUCCAUUUAAACCAGGAAGACCACAUCCACAUUAAGUGUAUAGUUUAAAAUAAAGCUUAAGUCAAGUUUG